AUGUAUUAAGUCUUUAUUAGUGGCUUACCAUACACUGCUUCAGAAAACGAUGUUUAAGCACUUUUUGAAGAUUGUGGGGAAAUCCUGUAAGUCAUAUCAUCUAAUUUAGAUCAAUUAAAUUGCCAAGAUAUUAGGAUUCAAACAGACUUCUAGGUUAUGGUCAUAUUACAUUUAAUGAUUCUGAUGCAAUACAAAAAGCAUUAGCACUUAACGGCUCUUAAUUGGGAGGCAGAUAUAUUGAUGUUAAAGAGGCCAAAGGAACCUAACCUCAAAAAACAGGUGUUCCACCUCCUGAAUGUCUUACAAUUUUUGUCAAAAAUCUGUCUUAUGAUUUAAAUGCUGAUCAAAUAGGAGACUCCUUUAGACCAUGUGGUAAGGUAGCAAAUGUUAGAAUGGUUUAUAAUACUGUCACUAAGAAUUUUAAAGGCUUUGCUUAUAUAGAUUUUGAAGAUCAUUAAUCAGUUAUAAAAGCUCUGUAGAUGAAUGGUAAAAAAGUACAUGGAAGACAAGUUUAAGUAGAUUUUGAUGUUAAGAACCCUAAAGCAGGAUAUAGAUAUCAACCAAAAUAAAUUGAAUAAUAGAGCAAAUAUAAUAAAGAAUAUUAAGAGAUUUAAAAAAAGAAAAUUAAAAAAGAAAAAGUUGUGUAAAAAGUCAAAAAAAUUAAAAACUUUGCUGAAACUUAAAAGUAAAUAUCUGCAUAAAGAAAUAAGUAAUAAAUAUGA